AGACUGGAUGAGCGCGGGUACAAGUUGUCAACUGCUGUUGGAAAGGUGAUGACGAUUGGCUCAUUCCCGAAAACCCAGAAGCCUACCGCACUGUGCUUCCGUACGAACUUUUGGAACCAGAAUAGGUAUGUAGGCUGCUUCAAGUUAGGCUUCUGGAUUUUCGAGAAUGAGGUGUCAGUAACUGGUAAAGGGGAAAAGAUUCACAGCAAAGCACUCGACACCCUCCCUAGCAAGGACGCUGACGUCCUCAUUGUUUUGAAGACUGUAACUUUGGUAUCAGUAGCUGACAUUGCAAAAGUCGACAAGACCGUUGAUUGCAGAGAUUUACUAUCGUAUCGUAACCUUGAGCACCUUAUUUUUAUCGACCAACAUGAAAGCUGUGUGCAGUCACUUCACCGUUCCCGCCCUUCUGUUCUUCCUAGGAGCGUGUGCAGGAGAAAACCCCGUGCAGGCCUCGAUUGACGCCGAACAAUCCCCUCGUCUUUUGCUGUCUGGGUCAUCUGGAAAUGAUCCCCAUGUUUGUUUUGCAAGUUAUGGAGAUGGUGCCGCGUUUAACCUUGGUUUUGUCGGGCAAGAUCAACUUAGCUUCGGCGGUGCUACUGGAACGACUCCGGUUUGCCUCAUGGAAAUAGAAAGUACUCCGAUCACAAAUAGCAUUGAUAUGACACAGAGCCCUAGUCUCGGUGAUGGACUCAUCGGCCUUCAACCCGCCUGUGUCUUUGAUGGUUCCAUUAUGACGUGUAACAACAACGAAACAGACGUCAUUUCAUCCCUAGUGAAGUCUGGUGCCAUUUCUAGUUUUCAAUUUACUAUGUGCUUCGAAGAAAAUGGUGGCAACUUAUAUCUCGGACCUGGGCAGUACCCCGAAUCUACCAAGUGGUUCCCUGCUGUUCCAUUCGAAGCAACGUUUAGUGGAGGCAACAGCGGCUCAUUUUGGACCAUCCAAGGGCCAAGUGAUGGAAGUUCUGUUGGCAUUCUUGCGCGUGGUCCUGAUGGUAAUGAAACGUCCGUUGGUGAAAUAACAAGCGCUGAAUUUACUAACACAAGUUAUAUUGAUAGUGGAACCAGCGGUGUUGUAUUUCCACAAAAGUACAAUUUUACCAUCCUAAACGAAAUUGCGAAUGCAUGGGCGGAUGACGAAGAUGCUACAGAGAUUUUGGGCUGCUCUUCUGUGGAUUCCAUACUAGAAUUGUUGGCGGACGACUAUAUUUAUCUUUCAAAGGAAGAAGCAGAUCACCUUAAUUCUCUUGUUCCAGACAUUAUUUAUCGAGGUUUUGACGGAGGCGACCUUGUAUCUGAUGGAAGCUUUUAUUUGUACGAGACAUACCCUUCCAGUGGAGCUUAUACGGGAUCUUGGUUAUUCGGCCCUUCUUCGAUCACAUUGGGAACUGGCUUUCUUCUGGACAAGACUGUGGUGUUUGACAACAGUGAUCCUUCAGCCCCUAGAAUUGGUAUUGUGUCUGAAGAAGGCGGGGAUUGUGAUGAAAACGACUACAGUGAAAAGGGAAAUAUUGUUAAGAUGUCAGCACCCGGAGGCCUAUCAAACGUAUUAGGAGCGGGUACAUACCUGGGAGAGAUUGAGUUUGGAGGGCAAAAACAACUUGUGCAGCUAGAUACCGGAUCUUAUUUGUUUGUGUAAGUUUGAACGAUGUACCUGUAAUUCAAGUCGUUUGAUGGAAUGCAUUUGAUACUAACAUUUCUCUUGUCCCUUGCACAGACUUCCAAACAAACCAUCAUGCAUGCAGAUGGAUGAGACUGCAGGAGAGUGUCUCGUAGUUGAGUCGGAGUCUGAAGGUUCUGUCAUCGCAUAUGUCAACAAAGAUGAUGACAAUUGUUCAAAGUACGCUCCCUUGAUAGAUAAGUACAACUUCAAAAAUACCUGCGAUAACGAUGUCGAUGACGAUUGUCAGGCUGGGGAGUCUUAUUUCGGCACGGUGGUUGAUUUCCUUCAAAUCUUGAUGGAAAUCCAACCUUUCGCAGAAUGUGAAGCGCAAAGAGCAUUCUGCGGGGACUUGAAAGAAUAUCGCAAGGACCUAUCUUCGUCUUUCCAGUAUCUUCCAAUCGGCUCGGACCUUACCUUGGGUGAAUGGGAAAAACCACCGGAACAAUUUUCUCUUAGUCUAGUCAAUGGAACCUGUAGCAUGACUGGUGUGCCGGGCGACAUGGGCGGCAGCACAUCGGGUGAAUCCGAUCACGCGUCCGAAGAGAUGUCCACGGCGGAUCACGAGGCAGCUGACAAGGCGACCGACAAGGAGAUGAGCGAUGGGAUCAGCGGUGCCGGCCUUGCGGCUCCGUCCUUGCUCUUUUCCUUGUUGUCGUCUUUUGUUUUAUUCCUUUCUGCUGUGGUCGUGUAAUUGCUCUUCUGCAUAAGGAUCGUUGAAGAACCAUUAAAUAUAUUAUUUCUUAAAAAGAGGACGGUACCGAAUCGAGAAGCGAAUGGCACGGCAUAGAUUGCGAUUUCUGCGAGCGACAUCUGUAUAUUCAUUCGUUGCACUUCUACUCAAUUGGUGCUCAGCGCUGUAUAGGGCUCAACGAACGUUGUCGUGAUGUCGGGAGAUGUAAUAGUCUUUUCAUAUAACUUUUAAGUAAAGCUUUGGUAUCAGU